GCUGCCAGUGUUUCUAUAGUCUGAGCGUCCCGGAGCAGAAACCAUGAGCUACGGUCUGUUCUUCUCUGCUGAAACAUGGGCUCUGCUCAUGCUGUUUGUGGCGCUUCUGUUCAUAUAUGGAUCCUGGCCUCAUGGUAUCUUCAAGAAGCUGGGCAUCCCGGGGCCCAAAGCCCUGCCGUUCUUCGGAACGAUGCUGGAAUAUAGAAAGGGGUUUCACAACUUCGAUGUGGAGUGUUUCAAGAAGUAUGGACGAGUCUGGGGUAUCUACGAUGCGAGGCAGCCUGUUCUGUGCAUCAUGGACCAAUCCAUCAUCAAAACCAUCCUGGUUAAAGAAUGCUACUCUCUCUUCACCAACAGAAGGAACUUCCGUCUGAACGGGCCGCUGUACGACGCCGUGUCCAUCGUUGAAGACGACGACUGGAGGAGGAUCCGCAGCGUCCUCUCGCCCUCCUUCACCAGCGGGAGGUUAAAGGAGAUGUUUGGCAUCAUGAAGACUCACUCUCACAUUCUGGUUGAUAAUCUGGGGAAAACAGCGACGCGAGGAGAAGCCGUGGAUAUUAAAGAGUUCUUCGGGGCGUACAGUAUGGAUGUGGUGACCAGCACGGCGUUCAGCGUCGACAUCGACUCUCUCAACAACCCUAAAGACCCAUUUGUGACCAACAUCAAGAAAAUGCUGAAGUUUGACUUCCUGAACCCUCUGUUCCUGUUCACCGCUUUAUUUCCUUUCAUCACCCCUGUCCUGGACAAAAUGAAUUACGCCCUCUUCCCGACAUCUGUGACCGAUUUUUUCUACGCUGCCUUAAAGAAGAUCAAGUCCGAAAGAGUGGCCAAGGACCACAAGAAGAAGCGAGUGGACUUCCUGCAGCUGAUGGUCGAUUCUCAGACAGCAGGGAAAACUGAGCACGGAAGCAGCAACGAACACACAGAGAAAGGUCUGAGCGACCACGAGAUCCUCUCGCAGUCCAUGAUCUUCAUCUUCGCCGGGUACGAGACCAGCAGCAGCACUCUGUCCUUCUUCUUUUACAAUCUGGCAACCAACCCAGAGGCCAUGAAGAAACUGCAGGAGGAGAUCGACCAGACCUUCCCUGAUAAGGCUCCGGUGGACUAUGAAGCCGUCAUGAACAUGGAGUAUCUGGACGCGGCGCUGAACGAGUCUCUGCGGCUGUUCCCCGUCGCUGGUCGACUCGAGCUCGGGCGGGUCUGUAAGAAAACGGUGGAUAUCAACGGCCUCCUCAUCCCUAAAGACGUGGUGGUGAUGAUCCCGACAUACGCGCUUCACAGAGACCCGGAUUACUGGAGCGACCCGGAGAGCUUCAAACCCGAGAGGUUCACUAAAGACAACAAGGAGUCGAUCGACCCCUACAUGUACAUGCCCUUCGGUCUGGGGCCCAGGAACUGCAUCGGGAUGAGGUUUGCUCAGGUGACCAUGAAGCUGGCCAUCGUGGAGAUCCUGCAGAGGUUCGACGUCUCCGUCUGUGACCAGACUCAGGUUCCUCUGGAGCUCGGCAUCAACGGUUUCCUUUCUCCCAAAGAGCCCAUCAAACUCAAGCUCAAGCCUCGGAAAGUUUCCCUCACAGAAGAUAUCUGUAACAACAACACAUCGUAGAGCAGCUCCUGAACCACUGUUCAUCUGCUGCACGCUUCUCUUUCAGUCCGAGGAGGAGGUUUGAUCGGUCUUUUAAAAUAAAAGAAUAGACGUAGUCUCUAGUCUUCAGUGAAGAGAAGGAUUCUCCGGGUCUUUCGGACUCGGACUGAGAGAUCAGUAACUUUCUUUACUUUUUGGACAGUUUCUGCUGUCAUCUGGGACUUUCUGAGAGUGGAAAUGAUGAUGCCAUGAGAUUCAUAUUUAGAGGUUUUACUUUGUGAUGAUUGAGAAAAGAGAUUACAUUAGGUUAACCUUGAAGGAAAUAAAAUGGAAAUAUUAAAUGAAAUGUAUCAAAUCAAUUAAGGUCUGCAGAUAUGUAUCUGACGUGUGUGUGAUGUCUAUGACUCUGGUGCCUGUUUACACAAUCAUACAGAGUUUAAAUAAUAAUUUGGCAUACAAAGAGAAAAUUAUGCUUUAUUAUCACCAAAUAUUGGAUUAAAUCUUUUUGAUUAUGAACACUACAAGUGUGACUUUGUACCAUUUUGUACAAGAUAAAACAUCUAAAAACAAA